UCGGAGGCGGCGUCGACGGUGGAGGCGCCAGGCCGGGGAAGAGGCUCGGGGAGCGAUGGCGCCCGCGCUGCGCUGUCCGCUGUGCCGCCAGAGCUUCUUCUCGGGCCGCGGACAUGUCUACAGCCACAAACACCAGCGACAGCUGAGGGCGGCCCUGGAGCGGCUGCUGCCCCAGGUGGAGGCUGCCCGAAAAGCAAUCCGGACUGCCCAGGUGGAACGCUAUUCUCCUGAGCAUGACCAGUGCUGCUGGUGUCUGUGCUGUGGCUGUGAGGUCCAGAAACAUCUGAGCCAUGGAAACAUGACUGUGCUGCAUGGAGGUCUGCUAGAACAUCUGGCCUGUCCAGAACACAGGAAAGCAACCAACAAAUUUUGGUGGGAGAAUAGAGCAGAUGUCUUGCUAAAAGAAAAGUUCCUGGUCUCCCAGCAAGAUUACUCCCGAUUCAAGAAAUCUAUGGUAAAGGCCCUGGACUCCUAUGAGGAAAAAGAAGAUGAAAUGAUUCAAAAGAUGGCAGCCCAGAUUCGAGAGGUGGAACGCAGCCGGCAGGAGGUGGUACAGUCUGUCUUAGAGCCUCAGGCAGUGCCGGACCCAGAAGAGGGCUGUUCGGCGCCUUGUAUCUGGAAAGAAACAAACAGGAUAGCCUCCAGCUCACAACAGCUCUCCUUGGACCCACUACCUGCCCCAGAACUGAACUGGAUGGAGGCCACACAGUCCCUGACUUUCAUUGGACAUCAGGACAUACCUGGAGUUCGCAAUGUUCAUUCAGGGGCUACCCCUCCCUGGCUGUUGCAGGAUGAUGAAGACUGCAACAGCUCAGCACACCAGAUUGGACCUUCCUAUGAAGAAUUCCUCAAAGAAAAAGAGAAACAGAAAUUGAGAAAGCUACCCCCAGACCGAGUAGGGGCCAAUUUUGAUCACUGCUCUAGUACAGGUGCAGGCUGGCUGCCUUCCUUUGGCAGAGUUUGGAACAAUGGACGGCGGUGGCAAUCUCGGCAUCAGUUCAAAGCGGAAACAAAGCAGUAGCCUGUCAUCAUUAAUCUCCACAACAGCAAUAUUAUGAUUAUUGUAAAAUAAAAUGUUUUUUUUUCUAA